ACUGCAGCCGGGUGUAGGUGUCCGAGGGACGCGUUGAACACAGCCGCUGAUCAGCCCUCAAACACAGCUUCUCCCGUUUCACUGACAUCUUAGAUCUCGCGUAAACAGGGCGGCUUCCAGGAGGUCACAAAAUGAGCAGUUCGGAAGAGGUGUCCUGGAUCUCCUGGUUCUGUGGGCUGAGAGGAAAUGAAUUCUUCUGUGAGGUGGACGAGGACUACAUCCAGGACAAGUUUAACCUGACAGGACUCAAUGAGCAGGUGCCCCACUACCGCCAGGCCCUAGACAUGAUCCUAGACCUGGAACCUGAUGAGGAGCUGGAGGAUAACCCCAACCAGAGCGACCUGAUUGAGCAGGCAGCCGAGAUGCUGUAUGGCUUGAUCCACGCCCGCUACAUCCUGACCAACAGGGGCAUCGCCCAAAUGCUGGAGAAGUACCAGCAGGGAGACUUCGGCUACUGUCCUAGGGUUUACUGUGAGAAUCAACCUAUGCUCCCCAUUGGGCUGUCCGAUAUCCCAGGAGAGGCCAUGGUGAAGCUGUACUGCCCUAAGUGCAUGGAUGUGUACACCCCGAAAUCUUCGCGGCACCACCACACGGACGGAGCCUACUUUGGGACGGGGUUCCCCCACAUGCUGUUCAUGGUGCACCCCGAGUACCGGCCCAAACGACCCGCCAACCAGUUUGUGCCCAGGCUGUACGGGUUUAAGAUCCAUCCCAUGGCAUACCAGCUGCAGCUGCAGGCAGCAUCCAGCUUCAAGAGCCCGGUCAAGGCGAUUCGCUAACACCCUGAGCAGGCGGAGACUGUGGGAGGGGCUGGGAGGGAGGGGCGGGGCCAGGGGAGGGGGAGGAGUCUGCCCUGCGUCACACGCUAAUUUCUGUUUCAGUGAUGGAGGAGACAGUGUUAAACUGCUCAGUGUGGAGUGUGGAAGGGUAUGGACAAGGAUGGACACACUUUGAGAGGUGAAGCCAACACAGACACUCACACACACGCGCGCGCGCACACACACACACACACACAC